AAAAGAACAGUAAUUGGGAAGAAAGAUUGAAGAAAUACAAGAAAACUCAUAUUGUGAGGUUAUUCAGCAAUGGAUGAAACGUACGAUGUGAUAGUCUUAGGCACCGGCCUUAAGGAAUGCAUUCUCAGUGGUCUUCUCUCCGUUGAUGGACUCAAAGUUCUGCAUAUGGAUAGAAAUGAUUAUUACGGUGGAGAAUCAACUUCUCUUAAUCUCGUGCAGCUCUGGAAGCAUUUCAAGGGAAAUGACAAACCUCCGGAACAGCUGGGCGCAAGCAGGGAAUAUAAUGUUGAUAUGAUUCCCAAGUUCAUGAUGGCCAAUGGCAGUCUGGUACGUAUUCUCAUCCACACAAAUGUUACCAAGUAUCUUAACUUCAAGGCUGUGGAUGGCAGUUUUGUGUACAAGAAGAAAAAAAUCUAUAAAGUUCCAGCAACUGAUGUUGAGGCGCUGAAAUCACCAUUGAUGGGGCUGUUCGAGAAGCGUCGUGCCAAGAAGUUCUUCAUUUAUGUCCAAGACUACGAUGAAAAUGAUCCAAAAUCCCAUGAAAAGCUUGAUCUGACUCAAGUAACAGCCAGGAAACUUAUCUCCAAGUAUGGGCUUGAAGAUGAUACAAUUGACUUUAUUGGUCAUGCCUUGGCACUCCACAAUGAUGACAGUUACUUGGAUCAGCCAGCUUUGAGUUUUGUUAAGAGAAUAAAGCUCUAUGCAGAGUCUUUGGUACGGUUUCGAGGAGGAUCUCCUUAUAUCUAUCCACUAUAUGGACUGGGAGAAUUGCCUCAGGCAUUUGCACGUUUAAGUGCUGUGUAUGGAGGUACGUAUAUGCUCAACAAGCCAGAAUGUAAGGUAGACUUUGAUGGUGAUGGGAAAGUCGUUGGUGUAACUUCUGAAGGCGAAACCGCUAAGUGCCAUAAAGUUGUUUGUGAUCCAUCUUAUUUGCCUGAUAAGGUUAAGAAGGUUGGGAAAGUUGCUCGUGCUGUAUGUAUAAUGAGUCACCCUAUUCCUGAUACCCACGAUUCUCAUUCAGUUCAGGUUAUUCUGCCUCAGAAGCAACUCGGUCGUAAAUCAGACAUGUACCUGUUUUGUUGCUCUUAUGCUCAUAAUGUAGCUCCCAAGGGAAAAUACAUUGCUUUUGUUUCAGCAGAAGCUGAGACCGACAACCCUGAACAAGAGUUGAAGCCUGGAGUGGCUCUGCUGGGAUCUGUAGAUGAGAUAUUCUAUGACACUUAUGACAGAUAUGUGCCGACCAACGACCACAGUGCCGACAACUGCUUCAUAUCUUCUAGUUAUGAUUCGACAACACACUUCGAAACCACCGUGAUCGAUGUGAUGGAGAUGUAUACUAAGAUCACCGGAAAGGCUCUAGAUUUAUCGGUGGACCUGAGCGCUGCUAGUGCUGCUGAAGAAGAAUGAACAAGUUCUUCAAACAUGUUGGCCUUCUCAUGCAAUACCAUUAGCAAAAAAAAAGCUUCAAAUUAUUUUUAUUUUUUUCUUUUUAUAAUCAC